AUGGCCGAAGUGAGCAAUAAGAGAAGUCAUGGCGAGUUCGCGGAGCAGAACGGCGCCGAUGACAGCUCCUCAGACGACGACAUGGGGCCUCAGUUGCCCUCGGCCGCUGCCCCCAAGAAGAAACGGCGCGUGCUGCCCUACGAGAAGCUAUAUAUCGAGGCUCUACCGAAAUCACCGCGAUACUCCAAGUCCCUGAUGCACAAGGAGCAGCUCUCCUCCGUCAAUGUGACCAGUACCGACUUCGUCAUAACAAGCUCUGUUGAUGGCGUCGUCAAGUUUUGGAAGAAAGCUGCCCAGGGGAUCGAGUUCGUCAAGGAGUUCAAAGCUCACCAAGGCGAGAUACGAUCUGUGUCCGCCAGCCACGAUGGACGAAGCUUUGCGACAGCUGGCGUCGACAAGACCAUCAAGAUCUUUGACGUCGUUACCUUCGAUCUUCUUGCCAUGCUUCCCUUGGACUAUACGCCAAUCUGUGUAUGCUGGGUACACAAGCGUGGCGCUUCUCUGCCCCUCUUGGCCGUCUCGGACGAGUCAACCCCACUGAUUCACAUCUACGAUGGGCGAGGCGAGAACCAAACACCGAUUCAUUCCGUAAAAGGGUUGCAUCGGAGUCCGGUAUCCGUUAUGGCCUUCAACGAUGCCUACGAUUGUGUGGUGUCGGCAGACGACAAGGGCAUGCUGGAGUAUUGGUCGCCAAGUGCCAACUACGAGAAGCCGGAUAAUGUCUUCCAGUACAAGAGCUCUACCAAUCUCUUCGACUUUAAAAAGGCAAAGUCCGUUCCAGUGUCAUUGACCGUCUCACCGCUAGGUCACCAGUUCGUGACCUUCUCGCUGCCUGAUCGCAAGAUUCGAGUGUUCGAAUUCGGGUCCGCCAAGCUAUACCGGACGUAUGACGAGUCCUUGCAGGUUAUCGAGGAGAUGCAACAAGCUGGGACGGCGAUGCAGAAGCUGGAUGAUGUUGACUUUGGCAGGAGGCUUGCGGCGGAACGCGAGAUCGAGUCCAGCUCCCUCCGAAACAAAGUCAAUGUUGUCUUUGACGAGACCGGCCACUUUAUCCUUUACGGUUCUAUGCUUGGAGUGAAAGUCCUGAACACCUUCACGAACCAAGUGGUCAAGGUCUAUGGAAAGGAUGAGCAUAUACGGCCUGUCAGCCUGGCUAUGUACCAAGGCCAACCUCAGAAGAAAGGCCUCACAACCGUAGCCAUGGCUGCCUCGAACAAUCCUCUUUUACAGGAGUCGGAGACCCGUGACCCUAUACUCUUCGCGACGGCCGUGGGCAAAGUGCGGUUCUAUAUGUUCACGAAUGACGAGGAAAUAUCGCGGUCUGAGCGAGACGUGCAAAACGAGAAGCCAACGUUGCUGAACCCGAAGAAAGCAGUCCAGGCCAAGACGGCCGAGACAGGCACCUCGGCCGUGAUACACACAAGUUACGGCGAUAUCCAGAUUCGACUGUUCCCCGAUGCGGCACCAAAGGCGGUGGAGAACUUUGUCACGCACGCAAAGCGUGGCUACUAUAACAGCACCAUCUUCCACAGAGUGAUCCGCAAGUUCAUGAUACAAGGUGGCGAUCCCCUGGGUGACGGAACGGGAGGGGAGAGUAUAUGGGGCAAGGAGUUUGAGGACGAGUUCAGUACACUCAGGCACGACAAGCCGUACACGGUCAGCAUGGCAAAUGCCGGGCCCAAUACCAACGGCAGCCAGUUCUUCAUCACGACGGAGAAGACGCCGUGGCUGGACAACAAACACACCAUCUUCGGACGUGCCGUCCAGGGAUUGGACGUGGUUCACAAGAUAGAAAAUGCGCGCGCGUACAAGGAGAAGCCCGAGGAGGACAUCAAAAUCCUCAAUAUCGACAUCACCUAG